AGGUCACCCUCCAGCAUGUCCAGAAUAGUGGUCAAGAACCUUCCCAAACAGAUAAGUCAGGAGGAACUAAAGAAGCACUUCAGCCAGAAGGGAAGCAUCACGGAUGUCAGAUUGAUUCACAAAAAUGGAGAAUUCCGGCGUUUUGCUUUCAUUGGCUUUGAGGACGAGGGCGACGCUGCCACAGCGCGUGACUACUUCCACAACACCUUCAUCAAGCAGGCCAAGAUUGCUGUGGAGAUGUGUCAGGAGCUGGGCCAGGGACAGAAGCCAAAGUCAUGGGCAGAGAAGAACAAAGAGAAGGCACAGCUGAGGAAGGCAACAACCAACAAUAACGAGACAGAAACAAAAGAGGAAGGCAAGAAGAAAAAGAAGAAGGAGAGGAAAAAAGAGGAAGACUCACUGAAGGCAAAGUUAUUGAGUCAGUACAAGGACGACCCGACCUUUGGCGAGUUUCUGAAGGCCAAUGAGAAGGGAGCCAAGGAGGAGACCAGCACACCAGUUGUUGCUAAGGAGGAGGAGGAGGAGGAGGAGAGUAGCAGUGAGGCAGAGGAGGAGGAGGAGGAAGAAGAGGAACUUGAUGAUAAACUAGCACAGAAGAAGGAUAUCUCAGACCAAGAUUAUUUGAAGAGCCUCAUGAAAGCUGCACCUCAGGACAAGGGCCACAUCGAGGGCACAAAACCCAAGAAAGUGAAGGAGAGAAAGGAGUUCCACACAGUGGUGAUCCGCGCAACAGAGAUGUGCAAGGCCAAGCAGAGCAACAGCCGCACCUUCACCAAGAAGUCCGUCAAGGCCUUCCUCAAGCCCCUCAAGUUCAAGAGUCUGAGGAUCCCCAAGAACGUGAGGAUGGUGGCCUAUGUCGGCUUCAAGACAGAGAAGGAGAUGAAGCAGGCCUUGCAGAAGGACAAGAGCUUCUUAGAUGGCGUGCGGGUUCACAUCGUCAAGCAUGAGCGGCCUUCCAGUGGCGGCGACGACAGCACACAGAGCAGCACCCCAUGGAGCGUCAAGGAGGAGGCGCUGAAGAGUGCUGAGCCGGUGGCUGAGUCUGGCAAGCUGUUUGUGCGCAACCUGUGGUACUCCGUGACAGAGGAGCUGUUGCAGGAGCUGUUCCAGAAGUAUGGAGAGGUUACGGACGUCACACUUCCCAUCUGCAAGUACACGCGUCGGGCCAAGGGCUUCGCCACCGUCACCUUCAUGUUCCCGGAGCAUGCGGUGAAGGCCAUGGCCGAGCUGGACGGCACCAGCUUCAAGGGGAGGAUACUGCACGUUCUGCCAGCCGUGGAGCCAAAGACGGAGAACAAGCAGAAAGAGAACCUGAGCUUCAAGGAAAAGAAGGCCCAAGAGAAGAAGGCCACCGCAGGCUCCUGGCAUAACUGGAACACUCUCUUCCUGGGCUCCGGCGCCGUGGUGGAUAUCAUGGCUGAGCGCUACAGCAGGUCCAAGCAGGAGAUCCUGGACUCUGAAGGGAAGCAGAGUGUGGCUGUGAACCUUGCCUUGGGGGAAACCCAGGUGGUGGACGAGACCAAACGCUUCCUGGAGGAUAACGGAGUGUCUCUGGAGGCGUUCUCAAGCCCCGGGGUCCAGCGCUCCAAGACAGUCUUCCUCGUCAAGAACCUUCCAGCCAGGACCACGGCGCAGGAGCUGAUGGAGCUGUUUUGCAAAUUUGGGGAGCUUGGCCGCGUGAUCCUGCCGCCCUCGGGUGUCACAGGCAUCGUGGAGUUCCUAGACUCAGGGGAGGCCAAGAAAGCCUUCCGCAACCUGGCGUACUCCCGCUUCAAGAGCCUGCCGCUGUACCUGGAGUGGGCCCCAGUGCAGGUGUUCAAGGCGGAGUUCACGGCCAAGACGGAGAAGAUGGAAGAGGGGGAAGCUGAGGACUCUAAAGGUGAGGGCAUCAAGGGGGAGGAAGCCCCAGCAGCCAGCCAGCAAAACCCUGAGCCAGAUACAACUGUGUAUGUCAAGAACCUGAACUUCUCCACCACCGAAGAAAUACUCAAACAGCACUUUGAGAGGGUGGGCGCCAUCAGCUCCGUCCUCAUAGCUCGGCGGCGCGGGGAGUCCCAAGGCUACGGCUUUGUGCAGUUCCUGAGGCGGGCCGACGCACAGAAGGCGCUGCGGGAGAUGAAUGAGUCCACCCUCGAGGACCACACACUGCAGAUCAAGCUGUCCGAGAAGACCUUGGUAACCACCCUGAAGAGUGCGAGGAGAAUGCACGAUGCCGGGAAGCAGACCUCCUCCAAGAUACUGGUGAAGAACAUUCCAUUCCAGGCCACCCCCAAGGAAGUGAGGCAGCUCUUUGUAACGUUUGGUGAGCUGAAGUCCGUCCGUCUGCCCCAGAAGCCAGGAAGCACCGAGCACCGAGGGUUUGGCUUCGUUGACUUUGUGUCCAGGGAGGAUGCCAAGAAAGCAUUUGAGGCCCUGGGACUGAGCACUCACUUGUACGACCGUCGCCUGGUGCUGGAGUGGGCCAAGGACGAGGAGACGGUGGAUGAGCUGAGGAAACGCACUGCUGAACACUUCCUCGGGCCAGGACACGCGAGGAAGAGAAGCAAGGUCCAGGUGGAGGCAAAGGUGAAAGAUGACUCGGAUGAUGACUAGGGGGAACUUUGCAGCGACUGGGAGCACACCGACCCUACCCCUGGCCCCCUGUGUGUCCACGCCUCCCUGGGUGAGUACAUGACCCACACAGGGAUUACCCAGACACUCAUUAGGAAAACACGUCUCCACCAGCAGACCAUUAAAACCAAAGACAAUUAAUUCUCCAAGUCACACCAUGAAUUUAAGAACCCCAAUCACCCUAGUCAUCCCCCUCGCCCUAAUGAUCCCUGUGGAGGAGGAAUAAACCGUAACUUUCCAUCCCAUUCUGGAAUACUAGGAAUACUAUGAUGCAACCCGAACAGCUGAUCAGGGACUAGUCAACC